CAGUCAGCAGUCAUUACAAUUUAAAUUACGACAGGUAACAGGUUUAGGCUAUGUUACUAUUUGUAUUUUCUAUUGUGUUUUAUACUUUUAUGCGUUCACCUGCCACCAAAUCAUAAGUUUCACCAAAUAAUAUUUAAUAUCUAAAAAAUUAUUUAAGCUUAACACAUUCCGCAGUGCGUUGCUGAGUGCUAUAAACUUACUUUUAAAUUGCCGUGUUUACUUGGUGUUUUUAUUUAUAUUUUACAAAUUAUGGCUGACCAUCUUUUCCAAAAAAAGGGUUCCUCGCCUGAGAAACCUAUAGAAGUUUUUGUCAGAGUCAGACCCAUGACUGAUGCUGAUAAAAGUAAAGGCUUGCCAGUUGUAGAAGUGUCACAAAACCAAAAGGAAGUAGUUGUGACAGAAAAGACAAUUAUGUCAGAUCGCCGAACAAAAACAUUUCAUUUUGAUAAAGUUUUUGGACAAAAUUCAAAACAAGUUGAUGUGUAUAAUUGUGUUGUGUAUCCGUUAAUCAAAGAAGUAUUAGAUGGAUACAAUUGUACUGUAUUUGCUUAUGGACAAACAGGAACCGGAAAAACAUUUACAAUGGAAGGAGAAAGAUUAAAUGGUCAUUCAAAAGUAUCUUGGAAUAAGGAUCCAGUGUCUGGUAUUAUUCCACGUGCUUUAAGCCAUAUGUUUGAUGAGCUAAGACUUUUACAAGUUGAACAUACAGUGAGAGCCUCAUUUUUAGAACUGUACAAUGAAGAAAUCUUUGACCUUCUUUCUACUUCUGAAGAGGUUAUUCAUAAAUCUUUAAGAAUUUUUGAAGAAAAGAAAGGAUCAGUUAUUGUACGCGGUUUAGAAGAAGUCAUUGUAGGUAAUAAAGACGAAGUGUACAAGUUACUUGAAAAAGGGUCUAAGAGACGACAAACAGCUGCAACGUUAAUGAAUGCUCAAUCCAGUCGAUCGCAUACAAUAUUUACUAUAACUGUACAUAUAAAAGAAUCAACAAUUGAAAGUGAAGACAUUGUUAGAGUUGGCAAGUUAAAUCUCGUAGAUUUGGCGGGUAGCGAAAAUAUUGGACGUUCGGGUGCUAUUGACAGGCGUGCUUGUGAAGCUGGAAAUAUUAACAAAUCAUUAUUAACACUUGGACGUUGCAUUACAUCUCUAGUAGAGCAAACCCCUCAUAUUCCAUACAGAGAGUCUAAACUUACUCGUUUACUACAAGAUUCCUUGGGGGGUAAAACAAAAACAUCAAUUAUUGCAACUGUGUCACCAUCACAUUGUAAUGUUGAAGAGACCUUAAGCACUUUGGAUUAUGCUUCCAGAGCUAAAAACAUUAAAAAUAAACCAGAAGUCAAUCAAAAAUUUACAAAAAAAGCUUUGAUAAAAGAGUAUACGGAUGAGAUUGAAAAACUUAAACGGGAUUUAUGUGCAACUAGAGAUAAGAAUGGUGUGUAUGUUGCUGAGGAAAACUAUAACGACAUGGUAUUAAGAUUAGAAAAAAAUGAAGCCGAUAUAUGUGAAAAAAUUGCUACAAUAAGAGCUGUAAAUGAAGAAUUAAACAGAAAAGAAGAAAUUAUGAGAGAUUUAAAAGUGGACUUGAUUAGAACGAUGGACGAGAAAGAUAGAAGAGACAGCCUUAUUGUUAAACUUGAUAGAGAAGCGACAAAUUUAAGAACGUUAGCAGAAGUUUAUGAAAAUGAUAACAAAAAGUUACACGAUAAAAUUGAACGUACAAUUAAUGUUGAAAGAAUCAACGAGUCGGCCAUUGAUAAAUUGAAAAACCGUGUUUCGGAAACUAAUGCAUCAUUCUCAAAUACUCUAGCAUUGUUUGAAAGCAAAAAUAGAGAAUAUUUAGACACACAAAAUAAGCUUAAUGAUGAUAUGUACAAUCAGCAUUAUUGUAUAUUAAAUGAAUUAAAAACGGUUGUGGGCAAAGUAAAUGACAACACUGAUACAACUAAUAAAGUUUUUUCAUGUAUGAAAAAUGAGAUAAUUAAAGCACUUGAUCUCGGACAAAAUGGAAGUGGUGAGAUAGAACAAGGAGUUAAAAAUUUGUUAAUGGAAAUGCAACAACUAAAAUCUGCGAUCACACAAAAAUCACAAACUAUAAGUCAUGUUGUUGCUUCUAUGGAUUCAUAUCAUAAUACUAUUAUCAAACACAUAAGCGAGACGAAAUUGCAUAACAAAAACAUAAAUGAAAUUUUAAAUGAGAUUAAAUAUCGUUUCAAUCUUCAGAAUAAAUCUAAUAAAUCUAUCGAACAUGUUAUGAACCAUUUGAAGAAGUGUUAUGAACAAAUGGAUAUUGAAAAACAGGAAUCGUUGGAGAAAAUUAAUAAAAUUAAGGAUAACUUUGUCAGUUAUAUGUCACUAUUUUUAAAAGACAUUGAUAUUGUCAGUGACACAAAGCCCUUCAAUGCUAUAAAAGCAGACUAUGUAAGUCAUAAUGAUAAAUUGACAGAAAUGUUUGCAAAACAAAACGAGGAAAAAGAACACAUGAGUCAGGGUAUAACGUCAUUGGAAAGAAUUCAUAAGCAAACCUCUGAUUUAUUAGAACCAAUAGAAUAUCUUACUAAUGAGAGUCAAUCAACUUUAAAUAUAAUUUCUAAUGGAGCUCAAUUCCAUGAACUCUCACAUACAUGUGCGUCAAACCAAGAGACAUUAUUACAGCUACAAAAUAACAUAUCAUCCGAAUUUGGACGUUUGACACAGAAUAUCAAUAAAGAAAUUGAAAGAGUUGAAGAAAACAUUGUGAAUAUUACUGAUAAUAUGUCCGAAACCAUUAAAGAAGCAAACAUUUUGUUCAAAGAGUCUGAGAACAAUACUAACGAGUUUCAUUCAAAACUGUCAGCAUUAAAUGAAAAACAGGUCGAUAGCGUUGGUACUGGUAGCUUAUGUGUCAAAGAAGAAUUUUUCAGACAAGAAACUAAUAUAAACAUGUUUUUAAACGAAGCUAAGCAAUGUGAACCAUCAGGUGAAACACCAAAGAGGAAACAAUUUGAUUAUCCAGAUUGUGUUAACACCACAUUGAGACGAGAGAUCUUACAGAAUUUUCUUGUCGAUACCAGUGAAUUAGUAGUGAGUUCUACAUCAACGUCUGUGAGCUCUAGCCUUAUAUCAUUAAAUGGAUCUGAUUCAAAUAUACCUUCAAAAGAAAAUAGCCCUAAAGUUAUAAAGAAACACGCCCAUUCAAAACAAAACAAAAACGAUUACAACAACAAAUGUUGGCGGCGGUGUAAUUUUUUGGCAAUCAAAUUGCUUCUUUGUUUUUUUUUUAUUAUUAAUCAAUUUGUACUUCGAAUUAUUUAUUUUAAUAAGUUUAUUAUGGAAACAGACGCACAUAUGAUGUCUCAACAGUACGCACAAGCUCAGCCACAACAAAUACAGCAUCCACCAGCUCCUCAACCAACCAGAGAAAUGCAACAGACCAGUGCCCCAACCUCAGCUGAUGCUUGCUUAAGUAUUGUUCACAGUUUGAUGUGCCACCGACAAGGAUGGGAAAGUGAAGGCUUUGCUAAACGAGCUAUAGAAUCUUUAGUUAAGAAGCUUAAGGAAAAAAGAGAUGAAUUAGAUAGCCUUAUUUUGGCUAUAACCACAAAUGGUUCUCACCCAAGUAAAUGUGUUACUAUACAAAGAACAUUAGAUGGGAGAUUACAGGUAGCUGGACGUAAAGGUUUCCCACAUGUUAUUUAUGCAAGGAUAUGGCGAUGGCCAGAUUUGCAUAAAAAUGAGCUCAAACAUUUAAAAUACUGCCAGUAUGCUUUUGAUUUAAAAUGUGAUUCAGUAUGUGUAAAUCCGUAUCAUUAUGAAAGAGUUGUAUCACCCGGUAUAGAUUUAAGUGGCCUUACACUUCAAAGUGGUACAUCGACUAAUGGUUCUGGGAGAAUAAUAGGUCUGAGAGAUGAGUAUACGGCUGGGGGAGGAGGAAUGUCUCCAUCACCACCUGGUUCUAGUCAGGUUAGUAGUUCCAAUAUGGAUAGUGACGUGUCUGGGAAUAGCCCAGCCGUAACUGUGCAGCAUCACUUACCACCCAUAUACCAUCAACAAAAUCCAGUCACCGACGUAUCUCAAUCAACUGUAUCCCAACCACCCGGAGAUAUUGGUAUGUUUCGAUCUUCACAACCACAACCACAGCAACAACGACCUAGUCAUCAAAUCGGUAUAAGCUCUCAAGUGCAAAUUAAGACCGAAUCGUGUAACAAUUGGAUGCCUGGUACUCCUUCACAUAUAUCCCCAAAUAGACCGCCUAAUAUGCCUUUGCAGAAUUCAAGUAUGUUUACUGGACAAGAAGAUGAAAAUUUGUUACCAAGCCAAACAAUAACCCCUCAUGACUAUCAGGGACCGGCUGCCUCAAUGCCUGGUACAACUACAGGUAACCGAACCGUUCAAAGCACUCUCACCUAUACACAUUCAAUGCAACCUCCGCAUCCCACUUUUUGGGGAGUAUCUGAAAUGGGUUUGAGUGGACUAUUGUCAUCACAACCAGCUCCUGAAUAUUGGUGUUCGAUUGCUUAUUUUGAACUAGAUACACAAGUUGGUGAAACAUUCAAAGUGUCGUCUACUUGUCCCCAUGUCACAGUUGAUGGUUAUGUCGAUCCAUCCGGAAGUAAUCGGUUUUGUUUAGGUGCUCUGAGUAAUGUUCAUAGGACUGAACAGAGUGAAAAAGCCAGGCUCCACAUUGGUAAAGGCAUCCAGCUCGACUUGAUAGGAGAAGGAGAUGUUUGGCUUAAAUGUCAAAGUGAUCAUUCUGUGUUUGUACAAUCUUACUAUUUAGACAGAGAAGCUGGCCGAGCCCCUGGUGACGCAGUGCAUAAAAUAUACCCGCACGCAUACAUUAAGGUGUUUGACUUAAGACAAUGCUACAGACAAAUGCACCAACAAGCUGAAACAGCUCAAAAUGCAGCUGCGGCACAAGCUGCUGCUGUAGCAGGCCAUUUGGCUGGACCUCAUAGUGUAGGCGGUAUUGCACCAGCUAUAAGUUUUAAUGCUGCUGCUGGUAUUGGAGUAGACGAUCUGAGAAGGUUGUGUAUAUUGAGACUUAGUUUUGUUAAAGGAUGGGGUCCAGACUAUCGACGAAGUAGCAUAAAAGAAACCCCUUGUUGGAUUGAAGUACACUUACAUAGAGCAUUGCAACUUUUAGACGAAGUAUUACACUCGAUGCAAAUUGACGGUCCAUCAAGGGCUUAAUUUUUAACUAGACUAUGAUAUUCAAGUGUAGUAAGAUAUAUUUUUUUUUUUAACAGGAGGUAAUUUGUUUGAAUUAAAAAAAAAUUGACUCUUUAGCUACAUUUACCUAAUAAUUUGGUAUUAUGUUCAUUUACUGGAGGUCUGACAAAUUAGCCGUUUAGUUUCAGCUGUUUUAAUGAUUAAUAAUGAUUACUACAGCUUGUAGUUUUAUCAUCAUUUUUUACCCAAGAUGUCUAACAGUGACACUUAAAAAAUAUUAAUUUAUAUCUUUGAUAUUUACCAUUAGGUAGUACGAAGAUUCCAUUGAAAUUAUUUUAUUUUUAUACAUUUAUUUAUUCAUUUAAGUUGAAUGAACUAUUGUUUUAUUUUUUAUGUUUAUUUUAUUGUUUGAAAAGAAUAAAGGUAGUUUUAUACCCUCCUAAAUCUUUUGUUGUGUGUAAAUAUUUGAUUAAAUUUUACUUGUUACUUUUUAAUAUACCAGUAUUUUAAUUUAACUUUAUAACUGAUAAAACAUUUAAAAAAAGUAAUUUUACUAGUAAAAAUAGUAUAUAGACUUAUUAUUUAAAUAUGUACCCUACCUCCUCUUAAUGGAAUUAUUACAUAAGACUAAUGUAAUUUGGGCAUUUUAUUGAACCUCACUUUUUUAACUACCUCAGGCUCAUAUUAAUUUUAUAUUUUGUAACAAAGAAUAUAAUGUCCUAUGAGCCUUUGAAUUUAAGCUUCAAAUAAAAUAAAAUUGUGCUGCUGUUUUUAUAAGCAAUUAAUAUGAUUAUUCUUUUGAUAUAAAAUGUUAAUAUUUUAACUCAAAGCAAGAAAUGAGAUAUCUUUAUAGUCAUAUUUUGUACUUGCCACUAUAAUUUGUAUUGUAA